CGACAAAAAUCUAAACGUUUGCUGCCCCACAAACAACUUUGCAGUGAACGUUAUCUUCACUUUCCAAAAGAUGGAAAAUGGAAUCAAUAAUUGUAUUAAAGCUGAAAUAAAGAUGAUGGUUUGAUUUCUACCUUUAAACCAAGAUAAGAAAAUCUAAGGGAAAAAAUACUUCUCCAAAUUCAGGUUGUAGCCAAGCUAGUGAUAAUGGCUGAUGCUGUGAUUUCAGUUGUUGUGGAGAGAGUUGCAACUAUCAUUCAAGAUCAGAUCCGGUAUGAAGUCAAUUUGGUGAGAGGCGUCGAGAAGGAGCUUCUCGACCUUUCUAAGAAGCUCGAGAUGGUCAGGAAGGUGUUGGAUGAUGCAGAAAAGAGAGGAGUGAACGAUCAGAGCGUCAAAAGUUGGCUGAAGAAGCUUGAAGCUACAGCUUAUGAGAUGGACGACAUUUUGGAUGAAUGGAACUACUCCCUUCUCAAACACAAGAUGGAAGCUUCUCUGAGCCUGAGCCUGAGCCCGAGCCUAAGAAAAUGGUAUGUUGCUCCUUCAUCCCAUCUCCAUGUUUAUGUUUCAAGAAAGUUUCUGUUCGUCGUGAAACUGCCAAGAAAAUAGAACAUGUGAAGGUCACGCUUGAUCAGAUUUUAAAGGAGAAAGAUGAUUUUAAUUUUGUCAAUCUCACACCCACACCCGCACCUCGGCGAGAACAAUCCACACAUUAUGUUGAUCUGAAAAAAGUUCAUGGGUUGGACAUACAUAGGAAAACAAAAGAUAUAGUGAGCAAACUGAUGGUUGAUGUUGGUGAUAUGCAAAUUUUGUCAAUAGUUGGAACGGGAGGGCUUGGAAAAACAACUCUUGCAAAACUUGUUUAUAAUGAUAAUCAAGUGAAGGAUUGUUUUAAAAUAAGAGUAUGGAUUUGUGUUUCUGAUCCCUUUGAUGUGGCCGGGGUCGCCAGAGGAAUUGUUAAUAGUGUAGGAUUAGAAACGAUUCCUCCAAAUACCGAUCAAUUGGCACUGGUAUUAGAAAAACUAGAAGCAUCUGUUUCUGGAAAGAAGUUUCUUCUGGUCCUUGAUGAUGUUUGGACAGAAGAAGAAAACAAAUGGAAGGACUUGAAAAUCUGUCUCCAAUGUGGUGCACCGGGUAGUAAAAUUCUUGUGACAACAAGAAAUGAAACGGUAGCUAAGAUGAUGGGUACCGUGGAUGAUAAUAUAUAUCGCCCAAAUAAUCUUAGUGAAGAAGAGUGUUGGGCAUUAUUGCGUGACACAUCCCUUCCAGGAAAGAGUGAGGCAGAAUGUCGAAAUUUUGAGGAUAUUGGCAAGAAAGUAGCUAGCAAGUGCAAGGGAUUGCCACUUGCUGUGAUUGUUUUGGGAAGAGUAUUGCAGUUCAAGACUAGUUUGGAAGAGUGGGAACAUGUAGAGAGGAGUCAAAUAUGGAAAUUGGAGAAGGUGGAAGUAGAACUUUUUCCUCAUCUAGUUUUAAGCUACAAUGAAUUGUCCCCUACUCUUAAGCGUUGUUUUUCAUAUUGUGCCGCCUAUCCUAAGGAUCACCGAUUUCAUGCGGAAAGUCUGAUAGAAGAAUGGAUGGCGCAAGGUUAUCUGGGCUCUGAUAGUGGAAAUGGUGCAGUGGAACUCAAAGGGCGAGAGAACUUGAGAAAUUUAGCAAUGCGUUGUUUGUUUCAAGACAUUGAGAAAAGUGAGUCGGGGGAGCAGAUAGAAUCGUGUAGAAUGCAUGAUAUAGUACAUGAUUUUGCUCUAUUUCUUAGGAAGAAUGAUGACAAUGAGAGAAGUUGUCAAGUUUGUGAUUCUUCAUUGGUUUCUCAUGUCCAAGAAUAUCGGAGUCUACUGUUGGACUACAAACCUCCUAUUGAUGGAAGAGACAAAAGUUGUCAAGUUUGUGAUUGCAUGAAAAGUCUAAGGGUGUUAAGAAUUGGCUUUCAUUUUCCAAUGGGAAUGGAAACGUUGAUUCACUUGAGAUGGUUGGAUUGUAGUUAUAAAGUCUCGGGAUAUGUUUCAGGGUACGAUGAAUGA